AUGAAGUUCCUCGCCGUCCUCACCUUUAUCUCCGUUGCCAGCGCCCUGGACAUUGGGAAACUUCUCGGCGGCCUAAAGCCACUGCUGAAGAAGGCCAAAUGCGUUGCACCUGCUUUGGUAACCAGUGCCAAUAAACUCAAGUGCAAUGCGAAUGGCCCAAUUGCUACUUUAUGCGACAACAUUGACAAAAUCAUCCAAGAAUCUGAACCAAGCCUAAAGAAAUGCGGAGUCGAUAAGUCUAUGACACAGACCGUUGUCAAAUUGACCAAGGACCUCUGCGGCAGAAACUCUAAGCGAAGCCUCACGGGAAGACAAGAUCCCAACCUGUGUAAGAGCUGUGGUGACGAUUGCAAGAAGAAUGGAUGCGUUGCAGAUAAUGAUUGUGAUUAUUGCGAGUUCGUCUGCCAGCUGGUUUGCGAGGGGCCAGCCUAG